AUGAGUAAAACACGCCUUUUAAAAACGAUAUUAAUAGGCACUAGUGGUGUAGGGAAGACUGCCUUAAUCACCACAUUUUGUUGUGAAAAAUUUACCAACAAUUACAAAGCGACAAUUGGUGCGGAUUUUGUGACAAAAAGUAUGAUUGUGGGAAACAAAGAGGUCUCCAUGCAAAUUUGGGACACUGCGGGAAAUGAGCGCUUUGUCUCUCUUUCUGUAGCCUUUUAUCGGGGUGCAGAUUGUUGUGGCUUAGUUUUUGACGUAUCCAACGAGAAGUCGUUUGAACGGCUAUUGUUUUGGAAGGACGAAUUUCUACGUAACGCAUGCACGUCACUUGGAGAUGACAGGAAAUACCCCUUUGUCAUCAUUGGCAACAAAACAGACAAACCUGCGGUGAUAACCAGUGCGAUGGUAGCCGAGUGGAUUGUAGCAAAUGAUGUGAAUGCGGUGUAUAUAGAGACGAGUGCAUCCACUGGUGUUGGUGUUGACACUGCUUUCAACUGUUUAGCCAAAAAAGCUUUAGAGCAUGACCCUGGUGAUACUUUAACUUCUCAAGAAACUCACAUUCAACCAUUUUAUGAUGAUGAAGAUGACGACGAUGAACGCGCGACGUGUUGUUAA